AUGGUCAGUGGUAAGAUGAUUGGAUUUGGACUUCCGCUGAACACAUCUCUGCGUCAACCUGGUGGAAGGUACUCUGCGGGUUUGAAGCCUUGUCCUCCAUUGCAGUCAUACUGCAGAUACCACCUACAUCUGCCACAUUGGAGCACAAUUGGUCACUCUUUGGGAUUGCGCACACCAAGGUAAUUUUAGUUUAUAUAAUGAAUUGAUGAUGUGCUGGUUUUAUUGUCUCUGUGUAUUUGUGUAUUUAUUGGUGUUGUAUGUAUUGUACGCAUCUUUUCUUAAGGUGUGUGACAGGCUGACCAACGAAAGGGUCCAGCAAAUGGCGGCAUUUCGUUCUAAUCUGAAACUGUUCGAGCCAAUAACAAGAUAACUCAAGAUGAAAGUGACUCAGAAGAAUAUACACUUGAAAGUGACACAGUGGCCAGUUGUCCAAGUACUAAUGUCUGGAAAGAACAGUACAAGGGGCAAAAAAGUAAAUCCCUGAAUACAUUUUCAUUUAAGAUAAUAUUCCACAAAGAAAAGCCACCAUUUCCAUAUCAGAAAUUUGUGUAAACUCUAAAAGCUAUUUGUAUUUUACUAUGUCAAUACACUGAGUGUACAGAACAUUAAGGACACCUAUUAAAAUAAAAAAAACAGAAAUAUCACAUUUACAUAAGUAUUCAGACCCUUUACUCAGUACUUGGUUGAAGCACCUUUGGCAGAGAUUACAGCCUUGAUUCUUCUUGGGUAUGACGCUACAAGCUUGGCACAUCUGUAUUUGGGGAGUUUCUCCCAUUCCUUUCUGCAGAUUCUCUCAAGCUCUGUCAGGUUGGAUGGGGAGUGUCGCUGCACAGCUAUUUUCAGGUCUCUCCAGAGAUGUUAGAUCGGGUUCAAGUCCAGGCUCUGGCUGGCCCACUCAAGGACAUUCAGGGACAUGUCCCGAAGCCACUCCUGCGUUGUCUUGGCUGUGUGCUUAGGGUCGUUGUCCUGUUGGACGGUGAACCUUCGCCCCAGUCUGAGGUCCUGAACGCUCUGGAGAAGGUUUUCAUCAAGGAUCUCUAUGUACUUUGCUCCGUUCAUCUUUCCCUCGAUCCUGACUAGUCUCCCAGUCCCUGUCGCUGAAAAAACAUCCCCACAGCAUGAUGCUGCAACCACCAUUCUUCAUCAUAAGGAUGGGGCCAUGUUUCCUCCAGACAUGACACUUGGCAUUCAGGCCAAAGAGUUCAAUCUUGGUUUCAUCAGAUCAGAAAAUCUUGUUUCUCAUGGUCUGAGAGUCUUUAGGUACCUUUUGGCAAACUCCAAGCGGGCUGUCAUGUGCCUUUUACUGAAGAGUGGCUGCGGUCUGGCCACUCUACCAUAAAGUCCUGAUUGAUGGAGUGCUGCAGAGAUGGUUGUCCUUCUGGUAGGUUCUCCCAUCUCCACAGAGGAACUCUAGAGCUCUGUCAGAGUGACCAUCAGGUUCUUGGUCACCGCUCUGACCCAGGCCCUUCUCCCCCAAUUGCUCAGUUUGGCCAGGCGGCCAGCUCUAGGAAGCGUCUUGGUGGUUCCACACUUCUUCCAUUUAGAAUGAUAGAGGCCACUGUGUUCUUGGGUACAUUUAAUGCUGCAGAAAUUUUCCAUACCCUUCCCCAGAUCUGCGCCUUGACACUAUCCUGUCUUGGAACUCUACGGACAAUUCCUUCGACCUCAUGGCUCGGUUUUUGUUCUGACAUGCACUGUCAACUGUGGGACCUUGUAUAGACAGGUGUGUGCCUUUCCAAAUCAUGUCCAAUCAACUGAAUUUACCACAGGUGGACUCCAAUCAAGUUGUAGAAACAUCUCAACGAUGAUCAAUGGAAACAGGAUACACCUGAGCUCAACUUCGAGUCUCACAGCAAAGGGUCUGAAUACUUACAGUACCAGUCAAAAGUUUGGACACAGCUACUCAUUCAAGUUAUUUUUUUAUUUUUACUAUUUUCUACAUUGUCAACUAAUAGUGAAGACAUCAAAACUAUUAAAUAACACAUAUGGAAUCAUGUAGUAAACAAAAAAAGCGAUACGCCAUGCCAUCUGAUUUGCGCUUAGUGGGACUAUCAUUUGUUUAUCAACAGGACAAUGACCCAAAACACAACUCCGGGCUGUGUAAGGGCUAUUUGACCAAUAAGGAGAGUGAUGGAGUGCUCCAUCAGAUGACCUGGCCUCCACAAUCACCCGAGAUGGUUUGGGAUGAGUUGGACCGCAGAGUGAAGGAAAAGCAGCCAACAAGUGCUCAGCAUAUGUGGGAACUCCUUCAAGACUGCUGGAAAAGCAUUCCUCAUGAAGGUGGUUGAGAGAAUGCCAAGAGUGUGCACAGCUGUCAUCAAGGUGGCUACUUUGAAGAAUCUAAAAUCUAAAAUAUAUUUUGAUUUGUUUAACACUUUUUUGGUUACAGCGUGAUUCCAUAUGUGUUAUUUCGUAGUUUUGAUGUCUUCACUAUUAUUCUACAAUGUAGAAAAUAGUAAAAAUAAAGAAAAACUGUUGAAUGAGUUGGUGUGUCCAAACUUUUGACUGGUACUGUAUAUAUUUUUAUAUUUUCCUUUAUUAUUUUCCCCUAACCCUACCAUACCUCCCCCAAUUGGAGUAAACUAAUUGACAACAACACUUAGGCUUCUCUCUUUCAUGUUGAGGAAACAUUCGAUCACUCUGUCAUACAGUACAUGCUUUUAUUUUUUCUUGUCCUAGGCUACCUGGCUAAAAUGCUUGCUAGCUAGCCUAACUUCCUUCCAUGGGCAACUUUCAUGGGAUAAUAGUUAAUAUUAGCUUUCUUUUUAUUUCUUUUAUUUUUUUUCUGUAUGUGCGUGUGCGAGUGUUUGUGCAAGUAGAAAAACAUGUUGACUCACCCUACUUGUAGAGAAACGCCAAUGCCAUCCUCCUCUAUUUCAUGUUGACAAAACUGCCUAUCACUUUGUCAUACAGUACACUCUUUAAUAUUUUGUUGUCUAAAUGCUUGCACGCUAGCCUAACUUCCAUUCAUGGGCAAUGUUAGCUAGUUAACAUUAGCCUUGUACAUCUAGCUACAUAUUGAAAUUCCAUCCUCUCAGGUCAGGGACACAAUGUAUGAAUUAAUGGUUGGAUCAGAAUCACCGUUAUAAUCAUUGGCCAGUACGGAGAAUUAAGUAAAAAGAAGUCCAAAUUCCUAUCUCCAUCAAUUGCUAAUUUAGGAAAGGGCCAAUUUUAGCUAGCUAGCUACCCACCAGAGGACAACAACACAAUGAGAUGUAACAAUUCAAGUUGUUUCUGUCAAUUAUGUAUUCCCUCAAUGCGAUUUGAUAAGAGUGACGCCAAAUCCAAACUGGCUUCCCUUCACACCAUGUGCGCCAGGACCAUUCACAGUUGAGCUCACUCAGUUUACGUCAACUCUGAUAUGCUUUUAUUUUAUACUUUUUUAUCAAGGGAGGCCAAAUAUUCGCUGGCUUCCCUUGCAUUCAAUGCUACGGGCGGCAACAAUGUCAUACUCUUUUGGACCAAACAGAAUCAGAUAGAUGGCCUACACAUACAGUGACAGAGGGGCGCUGUUUCGCUCGCUUGGAUGCUUUCUCCGGUGAGAUACAUUCAGCCUCUUGUGAAUUGAAGGAAAAUUAUGAAAACACAGAGAAACAAAAUAUACAUUAUUCUUUCUUUUUUUCUUGAUACAUUUUUGGGGGAAGCCUGGCUUCCCUUGGCACCCAUGAAUACACACCACUGCUUAAAUGUCCUGGUACUUGGUAUAGUUCAUGAUGCCAUUGACCUUAACAAGGGCCUCAGGACCAGUGGAAGCAAAACAGCUCCAUAACAUCAAAGAUCCACCACCAUAUAUUACAGUAGGUAUUAGGUUAUUUUCUGCAUAUCAUAUGCAUCCUUCUUUUGAUGCCAAACCCAUCACUGGUGUGCAUGGCCAAAUAGCUCUAUUUUCGUGUCAUGUCACCAUAUCACUGGUUCCAAUCCAAGUGCCAAUGCCGUUGAGAAAACUCCAGGCAUUUACAUUUGUUGUUUGCUCUCAAUAAAUACUUUUUUUCUGCAACCCUUCCAAUUCACCUAUUGGCAUGGAGGUGACGUGUAAUUGUAGAUUUGGAGACUUGGUGACCUGAAGAUACGACCAAGUUCUGUAAUUCUCCCUUUACUUUGGCCCCUUGGAUUUUUCUUUGCGAACCAUCUUCGAACCAUCUUCCUCACUGUGCGUAGAGACAAGAUACACUUGAAUCCAAUACCAGGCAAGUCCAGUGGUUUUAAACAUAUUAAUAGUUGCCCUAAUAGUGGUACAUUUAAUUUUAGCAAUGUUUUAUAUCCAUUACCUGAUUUAUGAAGGUCAACAACGAUUUGUCUCUUUUCGUUUGUGAGCUCUUUGCCUUUUCCCAUGGUGAUGGAUGACAAAAGGAUUUUACAUGCAUGUUACCUAAUUUGUAUACCCUAGUGAAACAUGAAGCCAUGGAAGGCCACGAUACAGUUCCUUAAACUGAGAUUAGUUUAAAAAAGUAGAAUGUUAAUGCAGAUUAUUAUUUUUUAUUUAAUUUAUAAGAAUCUUUAGGGCUGCCAGUAAUUGACAGGUACCGUAUUGCCACGCCCUGGCCUUGAGAGCCCGGUUUUCUUUGGUUGGUUUGGUCAGGGUGUGAAUUUCUAUGUGUAGAUUCUAUGUUAUUGUAGUUCUAUGUUGGCCGGGUGUGGUUCCCAAUCAGAGGCAGCUGUCGAUCGUUGUCUCUGAUUGGGGCUCAUACUUAGGUAGCCAUUUUGCCUACCUAUGUUGUGGGAUCUUGACUCUUGUUUGGCUUGUUUGUGUGUAGCCAUUGUGAGCGUCACGUUGCUUUUGUUGUUUUGUCGUGUGUUAAACUUAGUUAAUAAACAUGUAUGCAUUCCACGCUGCACCUUGGUCCAAUCCUGUACUCAACGAACGUGACACGUAUCUUUGAGAAAAAAUAUGUAUCACUUGUUAAACAAAAUCUUUCUCUGAGCAAUUGUAUUAGUAUAAAAUAAUAUAAUUUCCCAAAAUAUCUGUUUAUAUAAUAUAGCUCAGUAUUUGAAUUAUUUUUAUUUUUUGCUCAUCUUUAUCAAGGGUGCCAAUAAUUUUUGACGUUACUUUUUCCUUUUGGCACCUAAACCACAAUCAGCUAAGUUGCCAACCUCACCCUUGAUGACACCAUUGUCUCUCCCUCCCCCCACUCACACAACCUUGGUGUCAUCCUGGAGUCUUUCUAAUACCACAUCAGACAUACUGUCAAAUUCUCAUUCUCCCACCUCUGCAACAUUGCCAAAAGCAGGUCCUCCCUCUCCAGUCCUGCCCCUGAAACCCUCAUACAUGCAUUAAUCUCCUCCCAACUCGACUAUUGCAACUGUCUACUUUCCCGGGAUCAACUCAAGCUCCAUCCAUAAGUUUCAAAUAGUUCAGAACUCUGCAGCCCAACUUCUCACCCAUAGGUCCUGGCAGCACAUCAUCCCCAGCCUCUGUGAACUCCACUGGCUCCCACCGCAUCGAAUACAAGAUCUUCCUUCGGACCUACAAAGUGCUCCACCACCUUGACUCUCAGACCUUCUUCUCCCCUACCAACCCACACGCUGACUAUGUUCUACCACAGCAGGCCACCUUGUCUUCCCCAAUUGCAGGUUAG